AUGAUGUAUUUAUUUGGUUUACCAGAAUUAGUUAAAGAAUUUCGCGAGAAAUUUGAACAAUUGAAAACUACACAUGAACCACAAUCAUGUAAAAUUAAUUUAUCAGAAAGACAGCUCAAUUAUUUAGCAUCUGUAGCCAAAGCAGAUAUAGCUAAACUUGAAAAACAAUUUAAAUCAGAUGGUUGUGAUAUAAGUUUAACUCGUUUACGUAAUCAUCGUGAAUUUCUUGCACCAGUGGAAAUGCAUUCAAAAAUUAAAGAUAGUCUUGAAGCAUUAGCACAAAUACGUGAUAUUACAUUUGAAAUUAAUGAACCUGGAUUUGAUGUACUUGUUAGUAAAGAACCGGAACGACUUAUGAAUAUUGUGAAAUCAAAAUGUUGGCUUGAAAAAACGAUUGACACAUAUCGUGAUUACAUUUCACCCCCAAAAGCACGAAUAUCAGAUGUUGAAGAUAGGGCUAAACAACAAAGUCAAACUGCAAGUGCACCAUCGAAUGUUACAAGUGUGACUAUGAAUCAUUCAACCGUCACAAUAUCUAUUGGUGAUUUAACAACACAAAAUGUCGAUGCUAUAGUUGCUUGUUCUACAUCGGAAUACCUUUGCAAAGCGAUUACUGACAAAGCAGGUGCUCAAGUACAAAAAGAAUACGGUCUACUGAAAGUAUCGGGUGCAUUUCCAGGUACAACAUCUGGUGGUACAUUACCAUGUAAAAACAUUUUAUUCAUACCUUGGUCACCCGACUCACGCGAUGAAAAUAGUAUAAAAUCAUCACUCAAUACAUUUAUUGAAUUAGCAUUUGCACAGGCAAAUGCAGUUGGGUGUAAAAGUAUCGCAUUUCCAGCUGUUGGUUGUGGAAAAUUUAAUUUUGAUCCAUUAUUAAUAGCUAAAUAUAUGCUUGAUGAAACACGAAAACAAAUAAAAAUACAAAAAUCAAAAAUGAAUAUAUUAUUUAUUCUAUUAGCCGAUCAACAAAUUGUCUAUGAUGCAUUUGUUAAACAUCUUAAUCAAAUGGUAACAAUAGAUUUGACUGUAAAUCAAAAAAUUCCAGUAAAACAAAAAGAUGAUCAUCAGACAAUUGGAUAUGAUAGAAAAAUUAUUAAAAUAGUAUUAAUUAGUACAAAUGAAAAUCAUCUAAUGAAAUGUAAACAAGAAAUCAUUACUUUAGCACAAACAUAUUCGAUUAAAUCAAAAUUAACUAAUAAACAAGAUAUGCUUGAUUGGUCACAAGAAACAAUUUAUAAAUAUUAUGAGUUUUGUUUAAAACAACGUGUUAUACCAACACUUGAUCUUGCUAAUGUUACACUUGAACUUGUUGGUACUAAAGAUGCAGUACAUGAAGCAGAAAAAUAUUUUUAUGAAUUAACAAGUCAAACACUUAAAGAAGAACGUAUUCAAGCAGUUUCACGUGGAGUUGUAUGGUCCGUUGAACUAAUACCAAAUUCGGAUACAUGGGAACAAUAUUCAUUUAAACUUAAUGGAAUUAUUGAAGAUGCUCAUUUAAAAAAACAUCCUAAUGUUGACUUUACAAAUGAUAAAGAAGAAAAAUGUCGAAUAAUCUUUGAUACCUUGGAAGAACAUCAUGGAUUAAAUACUCGUCGUAUACGUCGUAAACUUUUAAAUUCAACAUUACCAAGUACAUGGGAACCUUCAGAUCAAAAUUGUAAACGAGUUAUUUUAUCGCCCACAACAUCAGAGUAUCAAAAUGUACUUGCACAAUUUCACGUUACUAUGCUUGGUAAAUAUUCACAAAUUGUUAAAAUUGAACGUAUUCAAAAUGAACGAUGGUAUAAACAGUAUGAUGCACAUCGUGAUGAUUUUAAACGACGUUAUCCAACAUUGGAUGAACGUCAACUUUUUCAUGGAUGCAGUCCUACAGCAGCUGAUCAAAUUAUUCGAGAAUGUUUUAAUCGAUCAUUUGCUGGUGUUAAUGGUAUUCUAUAUGGGUGUGGAGUCUAUUUUCAUGCUCAAGCAAGUUAUAGUCAUCAGUAUGCUCAAGCGAAUAAUCCAGGAGAUAAAACGAUGUUUUUAGCACGUGUUCUUAUUGGAAAAACAUGUAAAGGUGAUAGUAAAACGAUAGUUCCACCAGCUGGUCAUGAUACAACGACCGAUGGAGGACAUAUUUUUGUUGUAUAUCAUGAUGCCGGUGUUUAUGCAGAUCAUUUAAUUACAUAUAGAUGA